UGUGGUGCUGAGGAGCAGCAGGUAGCUCGUCCCUGCCACUCACAGCUGAUCCAGCAGCUGAUUGGCUCGUCUCAGCCCGCGGCUCUCCAGGCCCCGCCCCUCCAUCAGAGUCCAGCCUGCUGCUCGCUGCGGAGGGUUUGUGCGCUCCCUCUCUGUCAGGUUACGCGUCUGAAGUUGUGGAAAGGAGGAGACCGAGGACGUCCAGCCACUUGGAGGAGCGGAAAAGUGGAUGCUCGCUCGCGUCGUGUCGCUCUUUACGCGUGGGAAUACAAAUCACCCGGAGGAGGGAAGGCAUCGGGGCGAGUUUGUGGUUUUAUUCAACUGAGAGACCAAGCAUACCCAACAGUAUGCGGUGCAGUUAUGGCAGGCAAGGGUAAGACAGUCGUGAGGACGCUGGAGGAUUUAACGCUUGAUUCUGGUUAUGGUGGAGCCGCGGACUCGGUCAGGUCGUCCAGCGUGUCGCUGUGCUGCUCCGACACGCAUCAGUCCUUCUCGCAUGGGGGCAACUGCUGGCAUCUGACGGAAUCCAUGCACAGCAGACAGAACAGUUUGGACACAGUCAACACCGUCCUGGCGGAGGACACGGAGAUCCUGGAGUGCUCGGGUCAGUGCGCCAAGCUGCCCGAGCUGGAGGACGUGCCGUGGAGCCUGGGCGAGGUGGAGGGCGCGCUGAGGAAGGACGAGGAGCUGAUGGUGGGCGACCCUCCGCCGGAGGUCCUGGCGCGCCUGUCGGGGCUCGUCAGCCGCGCUCUGGUGCGGGUGGCCCGGGAGGCGCAGCGGCUCAGCCUGCGCUACGCCAAGUGCACCAAGCACGAGAUCCAGAGCGCCAUCAAGGUGGUGCUGUCGUGGACCAUCUCCGUGAACUGCAUCACGGCGGCUCUGAGCGCUCUGUCCCUCUACAACAUGAGCACCGGGGACAAGUUCAGCCGGGGCAAGUCGGCGCGCUGCGGGCUGGUGUUCUCCGUGGGGAAAUUCUUCAGGUGGAUGGUGGACAGCCGGGUAGCGCUCCGGAUCCACGAGCACGCCGCCAUCUACCUGGCCGCCUGCAUGGAGAGUCUGUUCAGGGAGGUGUUCAGCCGCGUCCUGCGCAGCGCGCUGGUGGAGAGGGACAACGGGGUCCCCAAGUUUACCCCGGAGUCCCUGGAGCAAGCCAUCAGCAACGACUCGGAGAUCUGGGGUCUGCUGCAGCCCUACCAGCACCUCAUCUGUGGCAAGAACUCCAGCGGUGUGCUGAGCCUGCCGGAGAGUUUGAACCUGCACCGGGACCAGCAGCGCUCGGGGAGGGGCAGCGAGGGUCACGGAUACACCCAGGCCGAGCUCCGCACGCUGGAGCAGUCGCUGCUCGCAACCCGGGUGGGCAGCAUCGCAGAGCUGAGUGAUUUGGUGUCCCGGGCCAUGCACCACCUCCAGCCGCUGCACAUCAAGAACCCCAGCAACGGGACUCCAGUACACCAGAAGACCAACACCACGGUGCACUGGGAGCCUGAGGCGCUCUACACCCUGUGUUACUUCAUGCACUGCCCACAGAUGGAAUGGGAGAACCCCAACGUGGAGCCCUCCAAAGUCACCUUACAGACCGAGAGGCCGUUCCUGGUGCUGCCUCCGCUGAUGGAGUGGAUCCGGGUGGCGGUCGCCCACACCGAACAUCGACGAAGCUUCUCUGUGGACAGCGACGACGUGAGGCAGGCUGCCAGGCUGCUGCUGCCCGGUGUGGACUGUGAGCCGCGACAAAUCAAAGCAGAGGAUUGUUUCUGUGCCACCAGAAAGCUUGAUGCAGCCUCCACGGAGGCCAAGUUCCUGCAGGAUCUGGGCUUCAGGAUGCUCAACUGCGGCCGGACGGACCUGGUCAAGCAGGCCGUGAACCUCCUGGGCCCUGAUGGCAUCAACAGCAUGAGCGAACAGGGAAUGACCCCUCUCAUGUACGCCUGUGUCCGCGGUGACGAGGCCAUGGUUCAGAUGCUGCUGGACGCCGGAGCCGACAUCAACAGCGAGGUGCCAAGCACAGUAAACAAGCACCCCUCAGUUUAUCCUGAAACGCGCCAGGGGACGCCACUCACUUUCGCCGUGUUGCACGGACACGUCCCUGUCGUGCAGUUGUUGCUGGAUAACAGAGCGAAUGUGGAGGGCGCCCUGCAGGAUGGGGCGGAGAACUACACGGAGACGCCGCUUCAGCUGGCCGCCGCCGCAGGUAACUUUGAGCUUGUCAGUUUGCUUUUGGAAAGAGGGGCCGACCCCAUGAUCGGGACCAUGUGUCGAAACGGCAUCUCCUCGGCCCCGCUGGGAGACAUGAACUCCUACAGCCUGGCAGCAGCACACGGCCACAGGAAUGUAUUUCGGAAGCUCCUGUCCCAGUCAGACAAAGAGAAGGGGGAUGUGCUGUCCCUGGAGGAAAUCCUGGCCGAGGGUUCGGAUCCAGGGGAGAAGAGGUUGGCUCCUCACCCCAACGGCGGAGGGACCCUGCGAACAGGAAAGGCCAAACUGAGGGCCCUGAGAGAGGCCAUGUACCAUAGCGCAGAGCACGGCCAUGUGGACAUCACCAUAGACAUCCGCAGCUUAGGCGUUCCCUGGACGCUGCACACCUGGCUCGAGUCCCUGCGUACCUGCUUCAUGCAGCACCGCCGCCCGCUGAUCCAGGGCCUGCUCAAAGACUUCAGCUGCAUCCAGGAGGACGAGUACACGGAGGAGCUGAUCACGCAUGGACUGCCGCUCAUGUUCCAGAUCCUGCGCACCAGCAAGAAUGAGGUGAUCAGCCAGCACCUGUCAGUCAUUUUCACGCAGUGCUACGGGCCCUUCCCCAUCCCCAAGCUGACGGAGAUCAAGAAGAAACAGACCUCACGCUUAGACCCCCACUUCUUGAACAACAAGGAGAUGUCAGACGUUACCUUCCUGGUGGAGGGAAAACCGUUUUAUGCACAUAAAGUUUUGCUGUUCACAGCUUCGCCCAGGUUCAAGUCGCUGCUCCAGAACCGACCAGCAGCAGAAAACACCUGCAUUGAGAUCAGCCAUGUCAAAUACAAUAUAUUCCACCUGGUCAUGCAGUAUCUGUACUGCGGAGGCACCGAGUCGCUGCACAUACGCAACACCGAAGUAAUGGAGCUCCUGUCUGCAGCCAAAUUCUUCCAACUAGAGGCCCUUCAGAGACACUGUGAGAUCAUCUGCUCCAAGAACAUCACCACCGAAACCUGCGUGGAUCUCUACAAACACGCCAAGUUCCUUGGUGCCGCAGAGCUGACGGCUUUCAUCGAGGGCUAUUUCCUGAAGAAUAUGGUGCUGCUGAUAGAACUUGACGGCUUCAAGCAGCUUCUGUACGAACCUCCCGCAGCUGAGAGCCCCGCGUCCAGCCCUGGCAUCUGCACCGACAUCCUCCUCGACCUGGAGAAGACUCUGGCCACCCGCAUCCACUCCAUCCACCUGUCCACCUCCAAGGGCUCCGUGGUGUGACACCGUCGUCCCCGGAGCCCUCCGAUCCAGCCACAGCGUCCAUGUAACACCACUUUUUAGCAUCCAGUGUCCCGCCUGUGUAGACAAUGUGCUCCACCUGUCCUGGCCCCGCUGCUGAAGAGGAGCUGUCGGAUGUUUCUGUGUCAGGAAUUCCCUUUAAUUCUGCUUGUUGCAGCUCGCUGAGGGUUAAUGUCGACAGAGUCAGAGAGGGAUCUUUCUCGUCUUGUCAGAGGCUUGAACUCUUGUCCUCGUGGCUCCCAUCGGUCACCUCACACCUCAUACAGUAAGAAAAACUUUUAAAAAAAAAACAGAACUGCCUCAACCCAACAGUACCACUUAGAUCUUACCGUGAUUAUAGAACUUUCUAUUGUAUUUCAUAUAGGAUACAUGCAUGGAAUACAUUCAUUUUUCACUCUAAAAAGUAGAGUAGAAUCAAUAAAUGCAGCUCUGUCAUCAUCUCUGGUUUACAAACAACACUUUAUAGAAAUGGACGCUGUCGCAGCAUAAAGUUUCACACAUGCCAAAAUAUAAAUAUAAUCCUAUAUCCUAUACAACCAAUAAAAGUCAUUAGUAGCAAUGCCAGCAGGCGGACUUUUAGGUGGACUUUUUUGAACUUCUCUACAUUUCAUCCUGUCACUUCUGUGUUGGAUACGUUUCACUGUGUUUUAUCGACUGUGUGCAGAGGCCAAACCAUCACAGGAACUUCCAACGUGGGCCGACACUGCAGCCAGUUGCUGAUCAACUAAAGACGGCCCACUCAGUGAGAUCUAUGCUGACUUAUGCUUGAAAUGUGGAUGUCCAACUGGGAAAUUAACUUGCGAUAAGUCCACGGUACUAUUUUUUGCAUGACACCUCCUCAACUGAGCUGCUCUCCAUGUUGCUUUUUAUGCAGAGCUUACUUCAUGGACCACUUUCGCAAGGGGGAAGCAAAGGGGGAAAACGCUGCUUAUUAAACUUUCUAUACACUGCAAAACGGAUUGAACGGGACUUUGGAGAUGGGCUUCACUUGGCAGGGACUUUCUCUUUAAAGAUAUCUAAAGCAAAGUGUAAAUACGUUCUGAGAGUCAUCGUGCUGGUCGGUCCUUUUUGUAAACUGAUGUACAGUACUCCUCCCACACUCGCUUUGGCUGACGACACCAGUCUCAUUGAAUGUUGCUCCCUGCUGUGUGUCUUGUUUAUGCAGACUUGCAUGUUUAAUCUGUUUGUACGACUCCUCCGUUUUGCUUUAGGCGUGCUUCUCUGUGUAGAUCUGUAGGGCUGAUUGAGGUGUCCAUUGUUCCAGUCCAAUCAAAGCGAUUUUCCCGUCGGUUGUUUUUUCUGUCACAUUCCAAGUUAUCAGGGUAGAUCACCACACACGUUAAAGUCACCUUUUGCUUUAGGAUUCCUUCACAUGAAUUCUGUGGGGUUGAAUUUCUGCACACUGUGAGCACUGAGGUUAUUAGAGAUGCAAUUACACCUGCCAUCUGUAUCUGGAUACAUUAUCUGAUCUAUGGGUGUGAGCAUUUACACCUGGGAUUAAAAUGGGUCAUCUGAUUUGUGCAUGUAAAUUUGAACCAGUCUUAGUCUUGACUUGCCAACAAACAUGGCACAUCCCAGGUCUGCUGAUGGUGUCAGUUUGUUCCUGCUGCUUGUCUGUAGCUUUUGUCAGGUUCUCUUGAGUCCAGAACUGGAGGUUGAUGCUGUCAUACUGUAAAAGACUGCUUUUAUUCGGGGCUGAAAUAUAAACACAGUCUGGCCAUCUCUAGAUGUGGUCUAGCUGACGGGAUCAUUUCCAGAUUCUAGUGCAUUCUGCAUGCAUUUACACCAGAGCCCACCCAUACUGGAUGUUUGGGACCGAUAUGGAGGAGAAUUUCCAUAUCCUGGCUGAUUUUCUUUAUAUAGGUGUUAGAGUACAAUUGAAUUUAAGUAACUUUCCAGCAAUAUAUUUCACUAACUAGCUGGCAACUUACUGUAAAGACUCAACUUGGCUCUACUACACAUGGCUAUAGUAAAAAGAGUAGAAGAAAUCAGGGAAAAAAACAGUUGUUUGAAGAAAGAAGCUGAAUUUUGGCAUCUUAAAAAGUCUUUGGGAAUUGUUUUCAACCAGGAAAGGUUGUAUUUGUUCUUUCAUGCCAACUGGUAUUGGCCAUGUUUCAGUGUUUUAUAAUGUCCAGAAGUGAUGGUGAUGAACAUAAUGGAAAACAGCGUGAAUUAAAUGUUUGGUUCAUCAUCAUUUUUUUUAAACAAAGAUGGUUCCUGCCCAUGUUUUAUACUCAUUAACGCUUUUUUCAAUGAUAAGUCGCCUCAUGAUUGAACAAAUUUUUAUUGAAAACUGGGAAGUUUCUUCUAAGUUUGUCAAUUCCAAUAACUAAUGAUUUUAAUGACAUUAUCACAUUGCUUCCUCCUCUUCUGCUUUUUAAAUGGCAUAGGAGUGGAGAGUUAGCAUCCAUCAUUUUGCUCCGAUGCUAAUAUCUGUAUCUGUACGAAACACGUAACACGGAGGGUCCUCGGGUUACGACGUUCCUCGAACUACGGCGCUGCGUUGUUACGUCAGAACUGGUUACGUGGAACUAUUCUCCACUUGCACACCACCUUGGAUUGUGCGACAUUCGCUAACUUUUUGUCCUUCAUUAUGGCUCCCAAGCGUAAGUCAGAAUCCUCUGAUGGCAGUGAUUCGAAGAAAAGGAACGCCAUCUCCAUGGAAGUGAAAUUAGAUACAAAAAACACUCAAGUUGUGAAAACAGUGCAACAUAUUCUGUUAUCUUCUUGUGAAAUGACUCAUACAUGCAUGAAAGUCGUUGGUAUUCAUGACUUUCUGAAGAACGGAUCGAUAUCGUGAUGCACGUAACGGCUUUGUUUACAUUUUGGCUGGAGUUGCGACUCGCACCCAAAAUCAACUCACGUUGAUCCCUAGUAACGGCACUCUGACAUAAGUCGCGGACCCCCUGCAAUUUGUAAAAUCACAAAAAUAUUGGGUGGAAACUUGGCUAUAGAUCUGCAACUUGGAAAAGUCUGAAACUCCUCUGGUUAAAUUACAUCAGUUAAUAGAAAGUUAAAGGUAGAAGAACAACUACGACUCCCAGGGGUGCAUUUUCAAUAAGACAUCCAUUCAUCCAUUAUCUACGCCGCUUAAUCCUCAUUGGGGUUGCAGAGGGGCUGGAGUCUAUUCCAGCUGACUUGGGGUGAAGGCAAGGGACACUCUGGACCGGUCACCAGUCUAUCACAGGACUACAUAUAGAGACAAACAAUCACACUCACGGACAAUUUAGUGUUGCCAGUUAACCUCAGUAUAUUUUUGGACUAUGGGAAGAAGCCUUAGUACCUUCCUGGGAAGGCCGGGACUCAAAUUAGGGAUCUUCUAGCUUCAAGGUGACAGUGCUAACCAGUGAGCCACUUAGACAUACAGUCUGAAACUCAAAUUAAUUGACUUAGGAUUCUCGGUCGAAUUCAUUUCACUUGGGUCUUUUUUUUUUGAGUGAUGGCAGCUGAGAUUCUUGGUAAAAACUCAUCCAGCAGCGAGUGACACUUCACAGCUUCAUUCCAGCUAACUAUACAAAGCAGCAGAUUGUUGUACUAAAGCUACAAAAAAAGGGACCAAAUCUCACACCUGAGACAGCGAGUCAGUAAAAGAUCCAAAUGGUGUGUCCAGAAAUGUUAAGUAAAAGAUACAAUGGCAAUAAUCUUUUAUCAAUAACAACAUAAGGUGCAGGUGUUGUAUGAGUUGUGAUUGUUUGAUUUGGUCCCGUCUUUUUGAUUGGUUUGUUGUUUCACUUUGUAAAUUUGAUGCCUGACAGUCGUCCAUGUUGUGUCUGAACUCAGUGCUGAAAGUGUGCAGAAACUCACCUUUGGUUGCACAUGAUUGUUGUGUAUUAAUGACCGCCUCUGAAUUCUAUAAGAACUAAAAUGCUCAAGCCUGACACCUGAAAGCGAAAAGCGCCAACAGUUCAAGAACAUUUUUCAUAAAAUCCAGCUGACUUUCCGAUAACCCCUCACCACACAGCACACGGUAUACUUCAUGAAUGUAACAAAGCAACAGCUGAAUAUUAACAAAAUGUGCAAUGUUUCCACUUCAGCAAGAAACCAAAAGAAGACGCUUCUGUCUGUCUGAUGCAAACGUCCGUACAGCGUCCUCAUACUACAUUGUGAUUGUUGUUUCUUCAUUCAUCAAACUGUCCUAAAGAUAAAAGACGAAUCUUAUGACUUCAAAUAUUGUAGCGCACUCAGAGUUAUUUAAAUACUAGUUUUGGGCCCAACAAGUCAUUUUAAGAGAACAUAAAGGUGAACUGGUUUUAGGUUCUGUAAAUAGUUACAGAAAGGGGAAUACAGAUACUAUCCUACGACUUUAUUUUCUUACCUGCAUACAUAGCACUAUAUAUUUUAUUUUACAUUCCGCAGCUAUUUUGUUUUACAAAAGUGAAAAAGAUUAUAUAAAAAGAUGCUUUAAAAUUAUGAAAUCGAGCAAUAUUUCCAUUAGAUUGUUUUACUUUGAGUGGUGCAAUGAGUAAUAUGCCACAGGAGCUGAACAUAACAGACUUGGAGUGACUGAAAAAAAAGUCUGAAUAUAUUAUUUUUUGUGUGUUUUCUUUGACAUACUCAUUUUUGAAAGCACAUUUGUUAAGCAGCCAUGCUGUUGACUUUACCCUGAAUGCUUUCCAGAAGCCGAUUUCUUCUGUUAUUAACACACAUUUGCAUGUUUGACUUCGCUCUGAUUCAUCACAUUUGAAUGGAAACUCGCUUCGUCAAUGUGAACUGUAACUUAAAGAUGCAAACCUUUUUUGUCUCCGCCGAGGUAAAAAGGUUCAUAAUGAUGUCAAGCACUUUCUGUGCCAGUGUUACUGUAGCCUCACACAGUCAUUUAACAGUGAGUCUUCUUGUGAUCCAACUGCAGCUGAACAUGGUUUCAACAUUCAAACAUGAAAAUCAGCCAAAAGACUUUAAGCUGUUUUUAUUAGUCAUUAGCAAAAAGACUAACUUUACCCCUGUACUGGCGCUUUGGACCCCGAAUUGGGUCGAAGCUGUAGAGUUCCGCAUGGCUCUUCUUGUUUAAUGUUGUUGAGAAUGUGCCCUGUACACCAGCUUCGUCGUUAACGAGUCUCUCCCUUUAUUUGUCCGAGCAUUUAUUUGCCUGCGUUCGUGUUCCUGGUAAGAAACAUUUCUCCUAGACGCAGUGGAAACAUGCAUGGGAUGUUCACUAGAUUUACACUCCACAGAGGGGGAUGAACUUUUUUGCUAUUUUUCCUUUUUCCUUUGAUGAGAACAUGUAUAUUGUACAAAAUAUAUAUAUAAAUAUAUAUAUAUAUAUAUAUAUGAAAUAUAAAUUAUACAUGGUGUGAGGAGCAGGGAUGUGGUGGAGUAUAACACCAAACAGGAAUGUUACACUCGUGCUACAGUUUCUGUUGUUCCAUGACAUGCUUUUGUGGACAGCUAAUAAAAGACCACAGUUUAAACCAUA